AUGGAUUACGAAAUCCAACCUGUAGACUAUACAGACGCACCAGGUCUCGCAGAAACAAUGAUGCUCGCCAUGUCCCAAUCACCACACUACACGCUGCUUCUCUCCAACACACCAAUCCAAGACUUAAUCCACGACACUUGUCUCCGUAUGCCCCAGAAUAUAACCUCCAACCGCGACUUCCUACGCCAUCAAAAAGUAAUCCAUAUUCCAACUGGCAGAAUAGUCGCAUACACGCGUUGGGAACUCCCAGAGCUAGAAACCUCAAAAGAUGUUUGGUUAGAUGCACAAAUGGUCGCUCCUACACUAGUACAACAGAAAGCGUUUAAGGAGAGUUUUGAUUUAACACAACUAAAUGGAAAACGCAAGAUAUUCAACUAUGAGAUGGGAGAUUUCGUUGGACCAAAACUUGGAAAAGUGUAUAAUGAGCUUGUGCAAAGUGGUGGUCCUUAUCUAGUUUUGGAUUACAUGGUAUGCCAUCCUGAACAUCAAAGACAAGGGAUAGCGAGUUUGUUGCUUAAGAAUGGAGAAAUAGAGGCAAAGAAAUUAGGUCUCAAGAUCUUUGUCAUGACUUCUACGGAUCCGGGGAGUACGGAUUUCUAUGAGAAAUGUGGGUUUAGGAAUUUAAGGACGGUAAGUUUGGAUGUUGGAAAAUGGGGAGAGGAGACUCCUCAUGUUACUUCUUUUCUUGAGAAAGAGGUGGUAAAGGUUGAAGGGGUGUAG